GAGAAACUGGGCGACGGAGAGCAGCGCACCCAGCACGGGCGCUAAGCACAUAUUGACACAGUGCGUAAUCAAUGGGGAGCUGCAAAGAGCUGAACCAGCACGGCCCCAUCGCCAAUAAAUGUGAAGAGAGAGAGCUGCAGGUGGGUAAAGCUGCGUGCUAAAGGCCUCUCUUGUGAAAACAGCGAGCAGACUGCUAAGGACAAGCAGCAGCAGCCCCUCUCCCAGGCCGUGAAGUUGUCGACUCCCAUUGCAUUCCAUGUGAUGUCUGGGACCCCAGGAGCGGAGCAGUGCAGCGUCACCGCAGCCCUUGUGGCUCUCCGUGUGCCCAGCCAGGACCAAAGUCUACACCGUUGCUAUGGAAAAGGCUGUAAUGGUAUUAAGGGAGAGAGCGAAACCAUCAAAGAAAGCCAUUUGGAGCCCAUGCUUCCCAACACGGCUUCACCUGCUCAGCUCAGCUCGGGGUCCGGGUUGGGAUGUGGGUGUAUGCAUCCCUCCCAGGGCAGUGGUGGCACUUUGGUGGUGGCACAGCCUCACAGGAGGCACAGUGUGACCCAUCACCUUCCUCGUGCCAUCCUGUGACUCCUGCCUGCCUCAUCCCGGCCCCAUUCCCCGAGAAUGAGUGUGACACCAGCUGGGUGAGGUGUCCUCGCUCUGUCCCCAGCAGCUCUGAGGAGAGGCGCUGACGUAGGGGUGGACGUUCCCGACGCUUUGCUGUGUGUGGGCAGGGUGCGGGAGGUGCUGGGGCAGCUCAGCGCCCCGUCCCAGCCCCGGCGGCCACCACGAUACAGGAGUCAGCCGGGUCCUCCCGCCGGCAGGGGGCGCACCGCAGUUUCAACCUCCACCCGGAAGCUGCCGCAUCCGUUGCUAUGGAGACGGGGCGAGGCGACGAGGCCUGGCCCGACGAGAGGAGGCCCCGUUUGGCCCUAGGAGGCCCGGUGUUCUCCCAGUUUGCCCCGCAGAGCGUGGGGAUGCUGGGCUGGAUGGCCUCGCAGCCCUACAUCCUGUUCCCUAGGCCUGCAGCUGCAUGGCAGGCGUGAGUGCAGCCCUGCAGCAGGUGUUUGUGCGGGGGGAUGGCCGUGAUGCCUCCCACCCUCCGCCAGGGAACAGUGAGGAGGUGGGCUUUGCCUCCAGCACCAAAAACCCCUUUGGCUGUGCAGGAAGCCUGAGAGCCUGAUAGCAAAGCCAGUGCUGCACUAAAGCCUGGCUGGAGCCAUGUGGGGCAGUGCUGGUGUGGGCUGCAAGCUGUGAGCGUUGCUGGGGGUUCUGUAGGCUCCAGGACUUCACCCAGGUUCCUCUUGAGCUCUUUGCACAUUUAGAGCUACUUGCAAAGCGUGGCUUCUCGGCGACAGCCACCACAUCAUCUGCACGCCUUGGCCAUGAAAAAGCAAGGGGAAAGGAAGGCUCUGCGCAAAGCUGGCCCUUUGUGGGGUUCAUGAAACAUAAAUUUGGUGUUUAUGUGGUUUUUCUUUCUUCCUCUUUGGGUUGCAAUGAUGAACUAAAAAGCCCUUCCUGCCUGCCCGCUUUGCUGUUUGCUGGGACGUUCGCUCUGUAUACACAAACCAGGGGAGCAGCAGCUGCUGCUGUGUCUGCCAGGUGCCAGUGCAGCACCCUACGUGAAGGGUUUGCUCCAAACCAGGCCUUUGAGGCACUUUGGUUCCAUAAAUAACACUGUAUGUGUUAAUUAGCCUUAGACUGCCAUGAUGAGCAUCGUGAAGACCAGCAGGUGAAGCAGGUGCCCCUUGGGAGCCAGCGUUGGCUGUGGCCACCUAUCUGCACCAGGGACACGUGGCUCUGCUCCUCUCCCCACCCUGCUGGAGCACCUGCUGCAGGCUUCCAAGCACCCCAGCGCUGUGGGCGUGUGUGAAUUUGGCUUUUCUGCUCGGCUGUGGGUGUGAAGAAACUGUGAAUUCUCCUCAGCGCUUUCAUUACCUUAAUAAAAUUACUUCGGGGCUAUUAAGUUCUUUUGCAGAAAAAUAAGAUGUAACUGCAUCUUUCAUUAGCAUCUCCUUCCCCCGAGCCCCAAAAGAGCUCUGCUGCUGGAUUGCACAUCUGUAGUUUUUUUUAUGAAAUUCACAUCUAGGUGCUUGCAGGCCUUCGGCAGCAGCUUGGACCAGAUGCUGCUGGUGGGGAGCUGGAGAAUGGUGCUCAGUGCAGUGCUUUGUGUCAGGCCAGGCCCUCUUCCUGUUACAGUUAGCUAAGUUACAGUCUUAGCUUAGCUAUAAGAAGAUCCUCAGAGCUAUGGUCCUUUUGAACAUUGCAUCAUCAACGCUUUCCUUAAGAAAGAAAUUCUUAUCUAAACUCACCUGCCUUACAGAAAUAGCAGAGAUAAUAAGUCUCAAGAUAAAAACCAGCAUUUGUUUUACCCCGUGACUGCCAUUCACCGAGUUUUUCCAGCAUUAUCCUCUGUUCCUUAGCACUCUGUAGCCCUCGCUCCUAUGUCGGAGGCUCUGUUCAAGCACUUGUAGCUCUGUGCAUGCUUGGGGCUCAUCCUGGUCAUUCUGGAAGAUGGCCAGUUGGAUUCAGUGACACUGCAUAGACCGGCACAGUCCAGAUUUAGCUGUCUGGGCUCAUCAGAGUUCAGUGUGCCUCUAACUGUGAGUGAACAUUGACAAACGAGCUGGGACAAAUUCCUCUGAGUCUGCAGCAAGUCAAAGUUCAGCCGUGGCUGUAAGGAAAGCAGCUCCUGCUUGGAGAGCUGCUAGCAACGCUCAGUGUAGGGAACUUCUUCCUGUGCCCUGGGGUGUCUCAUUCUCAACACACAACUGGCUUUUGUAGCAGAGUCUUUCAGGGUGUGUUUUGCUUCAAAAUUCAUAAUUUUUCCACAUUGCAUCCCUGAUGCUAAGUGAUAAAUUUGGGAAGCUCUUCCCUGUUACUGGCUGUAGCUUGGUCAGAGCUGAAAGGUCCUGAUCCCUUUGGACAACUCAUUGGCCUUUCAUAUCUGUAUUGCUGUCCUCCCUAGAUGACACAGGAGGUACAAGUACUGUAAAGAUCAAGAAAAAAGUGCAGGGAAGCAAGCUGAUAACUGUUCCAGAGCAGAGGGUCGGAUUAAAGGCUUGAACUGUGAGAUCGAAAUCCAGAUUUGAAAUUCUGUGAGGCUCUCCACAAUAGAAACAGAGGCCAUUCCUUCAGUAUGGUUCUGGGUUUGGAACAGCAUUUCCUCACUGGCAGCAUUUCUUCACUAGGAGUGUAUGCUAAGCUUCUUGUUGAAAUUUCUGCCCUGUGCAGUGUCAUUUCUUUUCCUCCAGCAGCUCCUGAGGUGACUGCUGUACUUGGCUCCACCUCAAAAUUGAGGUGGACAGCUUACCCUCUAGCAACCAAAGUUGACAGCAACACUGCUCGUGGUUUCCCUAGAGAGGAAAGUUGCUGCCACAGAGAUCCUUAGGUCCUGCCUUCGCUCUCAGUCCCUAUUGCUCUAGUACUGUGCAAAGAUCCCAGCCAGUGAGCACUGAGCUUCACACACAUGGAUUUUGGAAGUGUUGCUGAUAAGGAGAACGUAAAUACUCUGACAGAGCAAGCAGAGCAUCUUGCUAACAAAAAUGUGCAGCUGCAGGAUAGGAAUGAGAGGCUCCAUGCGGGGUUUGGAGACGUGCAGGAGAGGAUGAGGAGGCUGGCUGGCUCCAAAGCAGAUUUGUCACCCAGAACAAUCUUCAGUGAAGAGGAAAAACUGAAGAUUUCCAAAGAACUUGUUGAUCUCCAAAUUGAGACAAACAAAAUGAAGGAGCAGUAUGAAACAGAGAAAUUUGAACUGAAAAAUAUGAUCCUGGCCCUGGAGAACCGUGUGCUGGAACUGGAGCUCCGCAGUGAGAAAGUCAGUGAGGAACGUGAUGCCUUACGGGAUCACCUGCACACUCUGGAGACCAGCAGGAAGGAGCUGGCGGAUGAGUACAUCAUUUUGAAGAGUAAUUACCUGGCGCUAGGCAAAGAACUCGAUCAGGAGGUCUUAAAGAAUGAAGAGCUCAGCCUAGAGCUGCUCAGCCUGACCAAUGCAAGGAGCACACAGGGCAACCACCACCACUCCCAUGCCUUGGCCACAGAGCCUGCUGCUGAGCCAGACAGAGUGGGAGUAACGAUGCAUCGUCCCCCUGCUCAGAAGGUGAAGCCAGAAGACGUGGCUGCCCCUGAACAUGAGUGGCAAAACCCGGGAAGAAAUUUGCUUGGAAACCAGGAUCAUAUAAAAGAGGAGAUUGAAAAACUGAAGCAAACCUAUGAUUCGCAGCAGCAGAAGCUGGAAGAAAAAGUGAUCGCAAUGGAGAAGGAGCUGCAGAAGGCAAAGAAAGCAGUCCAUGACCCCCAGCAGAAACUGGCAGAGCAAUCAGCAGUGCUGCUCGCCUCUCAGAGCCAACUCCAGGAGGUGGAGGCAGAGAACUCCCAGCUACAGCUGAAGCUAAAGGAGCUGAGUGAGGAGUACCGCUGCCGGCUCACGCAGUACAUCAGGGACGUGGCGGAGUACGUGGACAGCAAACCCAGCACCCAAACUGGGCCUAGCAAGGCCCCAGCUGAGCGUGCAGACAUGAAACACUUUGUGGACAACGUACUGAAGGACAUCAGAGCUUCCUACAAGGCUCGGGAGGAGCAGCUGGCUGGAGCAGCACGUGGCUACAAGAAACGCAUGAAAAACUUGGCCAAGAAGCAUGAGAACCUGCUGAUUGCAUACAGUGUGCAGCGAGAGAAGAUCCGCUCCGUGGGCAGCAGUGAGAUGGAUUCUGGCCCUGCUGAGCUCCACUUUGCCAUCACAGACCCAGAGCUGCUGACAAACACAACGCAGGAGCUAAACCGGCUGCGGGAGAACAAAGCCAAACUGGAGAUGCAGUUACACGAAUUGCAGAAGAAAAGACUGAAAGAAACCUCUGGUUUUCAGCUGUCUCCUGACCAGAAGCGGGAUGAAGAGGGCUGGGCAGAGGUCAGGAAGCAGCUCCAGGAGUUCACACACACCACCCAGGAGGAUCUGGAGAAGGAGAGGAGUCAGCUGCUGACAAGGGCAAUUGUGGCAGAGGAACAGGUGUUGGAGCUGCAGGAUUACAUAGAGAAGCACCUAGCAAGGUACAGGCAGGAGGUGCUGUGGGUGAGGAAGCUCGCCAGUGGUGAGGAACCACGUGCACGCAGUGCUGGGGCAGCUGAUGCUCAUUCACUGCCCAGAUCGAGGAGGGCCAUCGGCCGUGAGCUCUAGCUCUGCCCUGCAACUCCAGGAAGCAGCACAGUUGUAGGAAAAAACAGAGUUUAAAAGAAAAGGACUUUCAGUCCUGAGACUGGCCGAGGCAAGCAUCAUUCCCUUGCCGAGAGCUGGGAUGCACAAUGAAGGGAACCAUAUGGGUGUCCUCAGUGUCAGAUUAACUACUAAAAUGGAACAAGGCAGCAGUGCUGUGUUUGUCCUCUGACCACUCUGCUGUGAGAGUUCUCCUUCCCUGAGCGCACUGUGACUGGGACACAGGGCCACCCCCUGGGCAACUGUUUGCUGUGUGAUUGCAGGAACAAGUUCCUGCUCCUGCCCUCAAGGAUGCUGCAAUACUUUUCCUAGGUCAGACCUGCAGUGAGGUGCUCUUGGUUUAAGGGCUGGCUCUGCUCCUGCCUUUGCUCCUGUCUGAGUUUUUAAAAGAAAAGGGCAGGAGUGGUUCAAGCUGGACUUUGCCUCUAAGAGGUUACAGAAAGAAGAUGAGCUGCUCUGUCAUGGUGAGAAAACCUUUUUUCCUCUGUAUUGGAACUAGAAAAAGAAAUGCUGUGUGAUGUGAGCAGGACCAAACUGAAUUCUUCAGCAGCAGGUGAGGCAGACCAGCACCUUCCUGCCCCCUCCUCAAGAGA